UCGACAGUUGACCGGGCUGCAGUCGAUCUAAUAGAACGCUCGUUGCCUAUUAAGGAAAAAGAUUCAACAUGACUGAGGCUACUAAAUCGAAUGGAUCCCUUGAGGUGCCAGCCGAAAACCUGCCAAAAUGGUUGCCAAACAUCACCCUAGAAAAGGCUGUUCAGGCCCAGAUAGGGGACUUUGCGAAGAUCAUAUCGGUUACCCCCAUAAAGGGCAGCAGCGAGGGUGAGAACUAUUCAUCCCAGUUCCUGCGACUGCUGGUUGAAGUGGAACUCAUAGAUCACAGUACCAAGAGCCUUUCCUUUGUCCUGAAGGCCCAGCAUGAUAAUGAGGUUAUGGCCGCCAUUCUGGCCAGGUUGAAGCUCUUCCACAAAGAGGAACUUAUGUACCACAGCAUUCUGCCCAAGUUCGAGAAGCUCUAUGCGGAUAUUGGCAAGCCGAUUCAGUUUGCUCCUCAGGCAUUCAAGGUGGAUCGUGACCUUGGAGUGGACUAUAUUCUGCUGGAGGAUUUGCACCGCAAGAACUUCAAGAACGCCAAUCGCCUGACCGGCCUGGACCUAGAUCACAUGCAGAAGGUCCUUGAGAAACUAGCCGCCUUCCAUGCGGCAUCCGCCUGCUAUGUGGAGCACCACGGACUCUUUGGGGAGGAGUUCACGGUGGGAGUGUUCAGUGAGGCCAACCGCCAGCUGCUGCAGGAGUUCAAUGCCUCCGGUGCCUUUUUGGCCCAGCUCAAGAAGUGGAAGAAUGCCCAGAAGAUCUACGAGAAGUUGGCUGAUAGCGACGACUAUUUGGUAGAUCGCCUGCUGCAGGAUCAGCAGUACAAUGCCAGGGAAUUCAAUGUGCUCAACCAUGGAGACUGUUGGGCCAAUAACAUAAUGUUCCAGCACGAUGCCUUUGGAACCAUUAAGGAGACCCUGUUCGUGGACUUCCAAGUGGGAAAGUACGGAAGUCCAGCCAAUGAUCUGUACUACCUGAUCUUGUCUUCGGCUGCCCCCGAACUGAAGACCGCCAAGUUCGACUACUUGGUGCGCUACUAUUUCGAUAAUCUGAUCGAGAAUCUGAAGCUGCUGCAAUACCACCGACCACUGCCCAAGUUGAAGAACCUGCAUGCAGCCCUUUUCCGCAACGGAUUGGCUGCUUAUAUGGUGGUGUCCAAGGUGCUGCCCGUUGUCAUGCUGGACAAGACCAACAACGCCAAUCUGGAGAGCUACAUGAGCGACGAGUCCAAAAUGAAGAACGCCAUGUUCACCAACCCGAAAUAUGUCCAGGUGAUGACGGAGGUGCUGCCAUGGUUGGACAACCGCGGGUUGCUCGACUGGAAGUGAUUACCCCCCAAAUGACAUAAUGAUGGAUUCGUAAUAUAAUAAUGCUUAUUAAAUGGCGUCAUCUACAAAUUUCAAGGGGAGGUUAAUAAAUGACUAAUU